UCUUAUCUUAUCUGUCUCACCCGUCGUUUCCGAUCCGGACCCUCGUCGAAAUCCUCUGCUAAACUCUGACUACUUACUCCAAACUAGUCCCUGCUACCACAUCAUCUGAACACGGUGGAGCAUUAAACGAAUCCCUGUCUUGACGCGCUCGCCCAACUACCUCUCGAAGGGCCUAGAUAUCUCCACCUACCUAGUUGCUUGGGAGCAGCUUAGAAGCAAAGGAGAUCCACAUCUACUCUAGACUCAGUGCUGUGCAUGUCUUUCUCUCCUCUCCACGUUACCAGCACCGACCACAAUUACUUCCGGACGAACAGGACCAGCACUCAGGACUUUGAACUUCAGCCCCUGUACGACCCAGACGUAGAAGACACUGACGACACCGACUCCAGCAGCAGCACCACCACCGCUUCGGUCCGAUCGGGAGAGAGAAUGAAUCGUAGCAGACGAGGGGGUGGCUCAUCAUCCGGCAAGCGCAAGGGCAUGAAUUCCUCGUCGUCGGUCGAGUUCCGGCGCGGGAAGGUAGGGGUGGAAGGUGGGGAAUCCUCGGCCGCGCAGACGGAACACCUCAUCGCUCGGGAAUCCUUCUCGCUCGAUCACGAUCACGAUGUGUCGAAGCCCGCGGCCGCGUCGCUGAUGGACCUGUCGCCAAAGGAUAGGCGCAACUUCUUCCUGCUGGUGCUGCUCUACUUCCUGCAGGGCGUGCCGAUGGGGCUGGCGAUGGGCUCAGUGCCGUUCCUACUCAAGUCGAAGCUCUCGUACGGCGAGAUUGGCGUGUUCACACUGGCGUCGUAUCCGUACUCGAUGAAGUUGUUAUGGUCGCCGAUCGUCGACGCAAUCUGGAGCCCGCGGAUGGGCCGGCGCAAGAGUUGGAUCGUUCCGGUGCAGGCGGUCAGCGCCAUCAUGUUGCUCUGGUUGGGCGGGCAGGCGGAGAAGAUGAUGGAAGAGGCGAACACGAGGCUCUACUUCUUCACAUGGGUGUUCUUUUGCUUGGUGAUGCUCUGCGCGACGCAGGACGUUGCGGUGGACGGCUGGGCGUUAACUCUGAUAUCCCCCGAGAACCUCUCGUAUGCGUCGACCGCUCAGACCGUCGGACUUACCGCCGGCCAAUUCUUGUCGAACACCGUGUUCCUCGCCUUCAAUUCGGCCGACUUUUCGAACCACUACUUCCGCUCGACACCCCUCAAGAACGGCCUCUUCACGCUUGGAGGCUACCUCCAGUUCUGGGGAUGGGCCUACCUGCUUGUUACGAUUGGUCUCGCGGUCCUCAAGAAGGAAGAGAAAACCAGCAACCGUGAUGGCAUCGCUAGCGUCUACAAGACCAUGUGGAGCGUCCUCAAGCUCAAGCACAUCCAGACGUUCGUGAUCAUCCAUCUGAUCUCCAAGAUCGGCUUCCAGGCGAACGACGCCGUGACCAACCUCAAGCUGCUCGACAAGGGUUUCACGCAGGAAGACAUGGCACUGACGGUGCUGAUCGACUUCCCGUUCGAGAUCGCCCUCGGCUACUACGCUGGUAAAUGGUGUGCGUACUUCCCGCCGAUGAAGCUGUGGAUGUGGGGCUUCGUCGGCCGCCUCAUCGCCGCCGUACUCGCCCAGAUCACGGUGUACAUCUUCCCCAAAGACGGCGUGGUCGAGAGCUGGUACCUCCUCGUCGUCAUCGCAGAGCACAUUUUCUCCACCUUCGCCGGCACCGUCAUGUUCGUCGCCAUCUCUGCGUUCCACGCAAAGAUUGCCGACCCCGAGAUCGGCGGAACGUACAUGACGCUCCUAGCCACCGUCUCCAACCUCGGCGGGACCUUCCCGCGGAUCUUCGUGCUGAAGCUAGUCGACUACUUCACGACGGCGACGUGUUUCCCGCCAGAGAAGCCGACCUCCACCUUCCCCAGCCCGUUUGCGGAGUUCAGCUGCGCCCUCGAACUCGAUAAGCACCGCUGCAUAGACCAGGGCGGCAAAUGUGUCAUCCAGCAGGACGGGUACUAUGUCACGAACGUGUUGUGUAUACUCAUCGGUGUUGUUACCUUCUGGGGAUAUAUCAAGCCCGCCGCGACGAGGCUGAGCGCUCUGCCGUUGAAGAGCUGGAGGGAGUAUGAUAGAAUAUGAUAUAGUACAGGGGGCCCGGGGAUGGUGGUGCUUGUAUCUGGAUCUUGGAGAUAGAUACCAUGUAUGUACCGUGGAUGAGAGGCGGACGCGUAUUGUAUUGAUAGAACAUGCUUCUGUUUGUUUUGUUUUUCGCUUCAGGUUCAUCUUCUGAUUACCAUUUUCCUUGAGUUGUUUAUAUGGUGGGAGUUGUCUAGACCGAUAUGCAUGUCUGUUUACUACUGCUAUGUACCUCCUCUGCUAUAAAAGACCAGAACAUUCACCCU